AUGGCAGUAGCAGCAGCAAGCAGCGGUAGCUACAGAAAGGCAGAUGGAGAAGAGGGAGUGACGCGCGAGAAAGUGCAGAGGUCAACAGCAAGCAAGGAGGGCGGUGGGAUUUUGCAGCCUGACAGAGGCGGGGAAGUAAGUGUGUCGGUAAAAAGUCAGAGAGCGAGGAGGCGAGACGAACAGCGAAAGUUAGAAGAAGAAGGAUCGUGCUGGGCUGUCAAUCGAGUGCGAGAAAAAGAAGAACACCAGAAGUCGAAAACCGCUAAAGCCGGUUGA